GCUGAUACGCCAUUUGGUUCUUAUUUUCUCGCUUCCUCUUCACUUCUUCUUUUGUUCUUCCCUUCCGAUCUUUGGUCUGAAUUCGAUUGGUACUUAAUGCUUAAUGGUUCUCUUCGACGCCAAUUUCUUCAAUCUCGAGUUAGCCCUGCAACAAUCUCACUCUCACAUAAUUAUCACCAAACCCAAACUGAAAAUCAUGGCUAUAACAAAAACUCUCUUGAUUUAUUUGCUCACCUUCUCGAAAAAUGCAGUACUCACAAACAAACCAAAGAAAUUCAUACAAAAAUCAUUCAUGCAGGAUCAAAUCAAUCUGGGUUUUUAUUUCCAGGACUUAUAUCAAGUUAUUCACAACUGGGGUUUGUUGAUGAAGCCAAAAAAGUGUUUCAUAACAUACCCAACGACUGUAAAUCGGACUUGUCAUUAUGGAAUUCAAUCUUAAGAGCUAAUAAAACACAUGGUUUUGAUGAAGAAACCAUUGAUAUUUACAUUCGAAUGCGGAAUUCAGGUGUUUCUAGUGAUGGGUUUACUUUCCCGCUUGUUAUCAAAGCUUGUACUUCAAUGGGCGAUUCUAAGUUGUGUAAAGCUGUUCAUGGGCAUGUAUUGGUUUCAGGAUAUCAAUAUAAUCUUCAUGUUGGGAAUGAUUUGAUUAAUGGGUAUGGAAAAAUGGGAUUAAUGGAGGAUGCGAUUAAGGUGUUUGAUAAAAUGUCACGUAGAAAUCAUGUUACUUGGAAUACUAUGUUUUCUGGUUUUGCGCAUAAUUUUGAUUGUGAUGGUGCUGUUAAUAUGUUUGGAUUAAUGGAACGAGAAGGUGUAGAACCGCAUUUACUGACAUGGACAUCGUUUAUCUCGGUACAUAAGCGAUGUGGAUUGCAUGACAGAGUUAUUGAAUUGUUUCGAGAUAUGAGAAGGAAGAUGAAUUGUUCAACUGGUGAAGUAAUUGCUGUGGUUUUAUCAUCUUGUGCUGAAUUGGAUAAGUUUCAAAUGGCUAAGGAGAUCCAUGGGUAUGUUAUUAGUGGUGGAUUUCAGGAUUAUAUGUUUGUGCAGAAUUCGCUUAUAUCUGUUUAUGGGAAAAAUGGGAAUGUAGAGGAAGCAAGAAAUUUGUUUAUGGAGAUUAAGACUAAAAACUUAGUGACUUGGAAUGCAUUGAUUUCUUCCUUUGCGGAUGCUGGUUUUUGUGAUGAGGCUCAUCAAACUUUCUGCCAGUUGGUAAACAUUGAUGACCAAAAACCGAGACCCAAUGUUGUAAGUUUUAGCGCAGUCAUUGGGGGUUUUGCUGCGAAGCGGAAAGAGAAUGAAUGCUUUGAAGUCUUUCGUGAAAUGUUGCAUUUUAAGGUUCACCCAAAUUCGGUCACAAUUGCCAGUCUUCUGUCGUUGUGUGCAGAGGUGGUAGCUCUGGGUUUAGGGAAGGAAAUUCAUGGGUAUUCGAUUAGAGCUCUGAUGGAUAAGAAUAUAUUGGUAGGAAAUGGUCUAGUCAAUAUGUAUACGAAGUGUGGUGAUGUCAUGGACGCGUGUUCAGUGUUUGAUCACAUGGAUAAUAGGGAUUUAAUCUCUUGGAAUUCGAUGAUUGCAGGGUAUGGUAUGCAUGGAUAUGCCAAGGAAGCACUUGCAACUUUCAGUGAGAUGGUUAAAUUAGGGUCAAAACCAGAUGUAGUCACGUUUGUUUCAGUUCUUUCUGCAUGUAGCCAUGCUGGGCUUGUUACUGAGGGUCGAAAGCUGUUUGAUCAGAUGAGCAGUGAAUUUAUGAUUAUGCCAGAUAUGGAACACUAUUCUUGUAUUGUUGAUCUACUUGGCAGAGCAGGCUUAUUUCAAGAGGCAAAUGAACUUAUCGAAAAAAUGCCAUUUGAACCGGAUGAAUGUGUAUGGGGAGCACUGCUGAAUGCUUGCAGGAUUCAUAAGAAUACAGAUAUAGCAGAAGUGAUUAAAUCACGUUUGAAUCUUGAAUCGGAGAUGACUGGGACUUACAUGUGUCUCUCCAAUAUCUAUGCUUCUCAGGGAAGAUGGGAGGAUGCUGCCAAAGUGAGAGUUGCAGCCAAAACUAGAGGGCUAAAGAAAAUCCCAGGUCAGAGUAGGAUUGAAGUGAGGAAGAAAUCUUACAUCUUUUCAUCUGGUAACAGUUUUCAGUCAGGUUUGGACAAAGUUUACGAAAUACUUGAUGAUUUAGGUCCGCGAAUGAAGGCCGAAGGUUAUGUACCAGAUAAAAGCUUUGUUUUACAAGAUGUGGGUGAUGAGGAGAAGAAAGAGAUUUUGAAUGGACACAGUGAGAAACUAGCAAUUGCAUUUGGUCAUGCUAAUAUUCUUCCUAACUUUCCAAUUCGAGUCACAAAGAAUCUCCGGGUUUGUGGGGACUGCCAUAACUGGACUAAGAUUUUCACGAAAGUGACAAAACGUGAAGUUAUUGUUAGAGAUGGACGUCGUUUUCACCAUUUCAAAGAUGGGUUAUGUUCUUGCAGAGAUUAUUGCCUUUUCAGCAAAAUAAACUGUUGGGUGAAUGCGAAUCGUAAGUGGGGUGUUCUAUCACUGGAAGGAAUGGAGACGACACUCCGCCACUCUCUGCGGCUCUGCCUCUCCUUGCUAGUGAAGGAAGCCUCCUUGUCCUUGCUUUUUUAUGAAACCUUUGUUCAAGGUUUCUGCAAAUAUUCUUUAUGUCCAGUUGAAUAUGCACUUUCAUGGCAUUGACAACCCCUAAAAUUUCUUGUAUUUUGUCAUGUCCACAGUUGACUCACUUUUUCCC